CUCCGAGUCCUUCUCUUCCCUCCAGGAGCCUUGGGACUCACCUUCCAGAAGCCAUGCUGCUGAGGCUGACACUCGCCUUCCUGUGGAGCACCUGCUUGGCAGCACGUAAGUCUGGUGGGUGUGCGCCCUCUGGUCCCAGCGGCCACCCUCGCCUGCGUGCUCCGGGAGGCCCCGGGUCUGGGCCCGGCCCUGACCGCAGACUGACUCUAGUCUCAGGACCCUGCCGUGUCCCUGCACGGCGGCACCCGGUCCGGGGCAGGGAUGAGCCACAUAUUAGCGUCUGGGUUUUUCCUCUCCCUGACCCCGUCCCUUCAUCCAUCUAGAGAUGUACGGGAGGGGAGGAGGCAAAUACUUCAGCACACCCAGAGACCAUGGAUACGAAAUCACCGGAAUCCGGGUGGCCGUAGGUUCCUUGGGCAUACUGAAGAGUAUCCAGGUGCGAUAUGGAUCCUCCUGGACCACCAUGUCUGGUUGUCCGUCAUCCGGAACUCCACAGGAAUUCAUCCUCUAUCGGGGAGAGCGCAUCAUAGGGAUAAGUGGCUCCUACAAAAUGUAUUUCCGGUCCCUGAACCUACACACAGAUACAGGGCGCUAUGCCACAUUCGGGAAGGACAAUGGCAUGAACUUUGUCGUCUACCCUGACCAGUUCGAGAAAGUGCUCACAGGAAUCUGUGGCCAGUGCAAGCUUUUAGGCAUCACGGGCCUCUGCUUUGCGUGGGAUUAUCCUCUAGAGUUCUGGGACACGGUCCAGCAAAACAACAGUACCUCAUCAUAUAAAUGAGUGUUCCUGGGUCUCAGGGAUGGGGCUUGGGUCAACCUGGGUCAAUGUGGCUCAUGCUGGGCUGACGGCACUGAGGUAGCUGAGUCUGGACCCCAAAUUUCAAUCCAUGAAUAAAUAAAGCUUCUGCAAGAA